CAAAUGGCUGGCUUGCAUAAACCUCUAAAGCUCUUCCUUUCAGAUUCCUCUCUAUCCAUUUCAUAAACUCGCCACAAAAAAUCAGUUUCUCUCUCUCUCUAAACAAAGAAAAACUAAAGGACUCCAUUCUCACAAGAAUGGGGAAGCUUAAGCAUUGUUGGUCAAGUGUGCUAGUGUUGGCAAUGGCGGUGAUCGGGACAGGAGCCGUUCCCAUCACUUAUCUACAAAGCGCCGUAGCUAAAGGAGCCGUGUGUUUGGAUGGGAGUGCACCAGCUUACCAUUUCGACAAAGGGUUUGGUUCGGGAGUUAACAACUGGAUUGUUCACAUGGAAGGAGGAGGAUGGUGUACCGAUGUGGCUUCAUGUAUUAAGCGUAAGGGUACAAUGAAGGGUUCGUCCAAAUUCAUGAACAAAGACUUUGGUUUCUCCGGUAUCUUGGGUGGAAAGCAAAACACUAACCCAGAUUUUUACAAUUGGAAUAGAAUCAAAGUACGUUAUUGUGACGGAUCAUCUUUCACCGGCAAUAUAGAAGCUGUUAAUCCGGCGAAUAAGCUGUUCUUCCGCGGUGCACGAGUUUGGCGUGCGGUGAUCGAUGAUCUCAUGGCUAAAGGGAUGAAAAACGCUCAAAAUGCGAUACUCUCCGGUUGUUCAGCCGGAGCAUUGGCAGCUAUUCUACAUUGUGACACUUUCCGCGCUAUUCUUCCUCGGACCGCUAGAGUCAAAUGUGUUUCCGACGCUGGUUACUUUAUUCACGGCAAAGAUAUCUCAGGAGGAUCAUACAUACAAUCUUAUUACAGCAAAGUUGUCGCACUCCACGGAUCUGCAAAGAGUCUUCCUGUUUCAUGCACCUCAAAAAUGAAACCAGAACUUUGUUUCUUCCCGCAAUAUGUCGUCCCUUCCAUGCGAACACCGCUCUUUGUCAUUAACGCUGCCUUUGACUCCUGGCAGAUCAAGAACGUUUUGGCUCCGACCGGAGUAGAUAGGCGCAAAGAAUGGGCGAACUGUAAGCUCGAUCUCAAGAAAUGUUCGGCCGCUCAGCUCAAAACAGUCCAAGGGUUUAGAGAUCAGAUGAUGCGUGCAUUGUCUCCGAUCCACAGUACUCCGUCGAGAGGAUUGUUCUUGGACUCGUGUCACGCUCAUUGCCAAGGAGGAAGCGCCGCCUCUUGGUCCGGCGCCAAAGGUCCCCAAGUCGCCAACACGAAAAUAUCGAAAGCAGUGGGAAACUGGUUUUACGGUCGGAGUGCAUUCCAGAAGAUAGACUGCCCUUCGCCGAUUUGCAAUCCUACUUGUCCUGCAAUCUCUACUGAUGAGUAGAUCUUAUAUUAUUGAAAAAGAAAUGUUCUGUUUUUAAUUUCAACUAAAAUCUCUCGGAUAAGAGUUUAAGACAACUUGAGCAAAAUUGAAUAAAAGAGUAUAUUUUCCCAUUCA